GUAAUCAAGGAAGACUUGACUUUCGAGAGAAUGCUACCCAUUGCGUGGUGUCUGGUCAGAGCUUUCCAUUUUAUGUACUAGCGCAAGAGGAAGACUGCUCUAGGAGGGGGGGUUUGUUGAGACAUUUUCCCCAAGAGACCAUUGACUCCUCAGGCAUAUAUCAACCUGUUGGGUUAUGUUGAAUUGAACAAGAUCACAAGGGCAGGUGUAGUGGAUGGUGUAAAAAGAGCGCUGGUUUCUGGGUUGCCAACCGCAGCCUGUAUGCUCUACAGUAGCGGCUUACUCCAGCGGAGCAUACGAUCGUGAAGCACAAUAAGCCUGGAUUGUGCGCAACACACCAAGUUUGCACGUUACGCACGUUUCGCAAUCACAUGGCCUCGCCGUGAAGACGAUGUAGCAACCAAGUCCAGUAAUUCUUUCUCAUCACGCACAACGCUGACCGCAGCUGACUACGGCCUCAUUUCUCCUUGACCGCGAAAUGCAGGAGAUCCUGCCUGGUCCCUAGACCCUCUCCGUCGUUGCUUGAUCGCCUUGUGAGAGCUGGGUGAACCCCAAAAGGGCCAGACUCAGACAAAAGAACGGCUGAAUCUGACUUGGGGCUCCUAGGGCCCUCCGCCCCAAGGCGGCCCGGCUUGAAAUUUGGGGAGCUGUUGCAACAAGACAGUGAGUACUUCUGAGAAGGCUGAUAGGGUGGAGGCUGAAGAGUUUUAAGGCUGGGGCGGCGGACCUGGACCUUUGGCAAGAUGGAAUCGACAGCCAAAAGAGAUACAGCCUCGGACGCCGUGCCCACGGCCAAAUUCUUACAAGCCCGCAUCACUGCUCUCUCAACGACCCUGAUCAAGAGGCUCGAGAACAUCCUCGCCGUGGCUCUCGAUGACACAACCACGCAAACCGCCGCGGCGGCUGCAGGCACGGGCAAUGCUCCCCCUCCACCAUCACUGACAGACACGGCCGUCCAACAGUUCCAGCUCGACGUCGAAUCGACAGCAAUCGUCCGCGCAGCAGAGGAAAUCAUGAUGCUGACGCGGACCAUGAAGGAGAUCUGGCUCUUUGGUGGACUGGACACUCUCAAAAGCGACCACGAAGGCCGCGAUCUCAGCGGGCAGAACGAGGCAGCAAGGAGGAAGAUGGAGGAAGACGUCAAGGCGGUGGAAGAAGGGUUCAAGAAGUUUCUAGAGAAGUACGAGACGACGCUCGAGGUGACUGAAAAUAAAGAGUAACGGCUGUUAUUCAAACAUUCCUGGCUCACAAUGGACCCUUCGCAUUCUACACGUAACCAUUCAUAAGAGACCGAUAUCAAGGCACGAAUCUCUCUGUACCAAGGUAUCAGCAAGGAGAACAAACGCAACAUUUCCCAUCAACUUGAACCAAUAUGAUUUCCUCUCCAAGGACGGAUCUUCUCUUUCAACCGUACGAAACGCAUAAGCGGCGUUCCACGCUUGCUCCAAUCGCGCAAGAGACAGAAUGACCAGGUAGGUGCAGAAUCCAAGCAUAAGCACCGCGAAAACCUUGAGUGCCCCCGUUUCGCGGAUGAAUCGCGCCGCCACCAACCCCAUACGCUGCAUCAGGUAGAUUUGGAGGAGCUGCCAGACCGUGGCGAUGGUGAUUUGCCGAUCGAGUGCCGCAAUUGAGGGGGUAUCGACGAGAGCGGUUUGAUGAAGGUCUGGGGCGGCUGUCGUAGGCGAGGAGCCUUCAUUCUUUGCAGUGUUGUUCUCUGUGGUAGUUGACCGCAGGUCCGGCUCCUCAUCCGCACGCUCCAUGGUAUCUGCGGUGUACACCGGGGAGCCCUUCGAGGGCACUGGUGCGGGCAACUUCCAGGCUUUCGAGGACUUAGACCGACUUGACGCAGCCGCCGAAGCUGGAACUGGUGG